ACUCGGCACUUGGCGGUUCCCUCCAGGCCCUGCGCCAUCAUUCAUCCAUUAAAACACUCGAAAUCCUUUCAAAGGAACUCAUCAGAAGGCGUUCCGAUGUCACCAUGCUUGGAAAGGCCCCAAGGUCCAGGUGCCUCUUGUUCCCUAGGACUUGCUGCAGUCACCUGCCCAAGUGUAGCCACCAUAUGCUGCUUCUCACAAAAAUCAAUUUGCAAACUCAUUCAAUGAAAUACACUCAAACAGCGAUAUCACUUGCGACUGAUUCAUUUCAAAGGAAGCUCUACCAGGAGCAGCUCAAGCAACAGAAAUGCAAAUGUCAACUUUCCUUUUAAGUUUUUGUUUUUCACUUUCAACUGCUUUUUAUUUCCACGUGGGGGAACGUGAGGAGAAAUGCAUCAUAGAAGACAUUCCAAGUGACACGCUGAUAACAGGGACUUUCAAGAUACAGCGAUGGGACGUGGGCAGACAUGAUUUCCUUGAAUCUGCUCCUGGCCUGGGGCUGUUUGUGACUGUUACAACUUACAGUGAUGAGGUAUUAUUGUCAAAGUUAUACGGCCCGCAAGGAACGUUCUACUUUACUUCACAUUCACCUGGCGAACACAUCAUUUGCCUAGAAUCCAAUUCCACAAGGCUGGUGUCAUUUGGAGGGAGUAAGCUGCGGAUCCACUUAGAUAUUCGGGUUGGAGAACAUGACCUUGAUGCAGCCAUUGCUCAAGCGAAGGACAAAGUUAAUGAAGUUAGCUUCAAGCUUGAACAUCUAAUUGAGCAAAUUGAGCAAGUUGUCAAAGAACAAAACUAUCAAAGGGACCGUGAAGAAAAUUUUCGAAUGACCAGUGAAGACAUAAAUAGCAAUGUUUUAUGGUGGGCUUUUGCACAAACAUUAAUCUUUAUCUCAGUUGGAAUUUUCCAAAUGAAGUACCUGAAAGACUUCUUUAUAUCUAAGAAGCUUGUUUAAAAUGUUAAUAAAGACAAAUAACUACCUGCUAAUUUGCUUAAUCUUUGAGUCACCUAAAUCAAAAUAC